AUGGAUUACUACGAGUUCCUGACCUAUCAGAUCUUCUACGACACGCAGUUGUCACGACUGGACCCGAAGACUGUAAUGGGGCAGGUCGUCGGCACGAAUUCCGUGUAUAUCCAGAAUUACAGCGGAUAUAUUUAUUCAAACUGGACAACUGAAAUCAUAUACCUGGUUGUUGAGUCGAUUAUCGGGUUACUCGUACAGUAUGCCAAGCGACGUCUCCUAUGGAUAAUUAUUUUCCUCGCCGUCACAAACUUCCCGCUCCUCCCAACUUACUGCCUCUCCAUCGAGCGCGUCUUCGAGAUGAUCACUUACCGCACGUACAUCUUCGACUACAAGUUCUUGGCAUGGCGUACGAACUACUACAACAACACGUACUUCCUGUACUCGAUCGGCGCCCGAAAACGAAAACAGCGCAAGCUACGGUGGAAUACA